GCUGGCAAGUGACUUUAUAUUUGUAUUAUAUCACAUGUACUAUAUAUCGUAAGGCUGAUCAUUUUUUACAGUAGCUUCAACCAACAUGCAUAUAUUGAGAGAAGUAAAUAUAGUGAUAGUCAAAUAUACCUAGGCCUAUGGUGGCCUGAGUUAUGCAAAAUGCAUCUCUCUGCCAAGGUGAGAGCAGUUUUGGGUCAGAUUUCUGUCAAGCCUUUAGCCUAAAUUCAGGAUAUUAUUGAACAUAUAAUUACAGUAUUUGUUAAAUGUGAACUGCAGUGUUAACAUUGCUAUGCAAGUGCAGGUAUUUUUAUGACAGUGUGGGCAUGGAUGUUGACUGAACAAAUUCCCUGAAGCACCAGGUGUGGCUGUUUCAUCUUAGGUACAGUCAGAUACAAUACACAGAUCUGUCAGUCUGUGGGACAGGUGCUAACUUACUGAGGCCACCGCACUCCUGAGGUAGAGCUGAAGAGGUUGAGCCCAGCCACAGGAACUGGUAGUUGUACAACAUGAGAGGACGGUUUAAAAGAAAGGGCCCAAAAGAACAAACAGAUUUCGCCGCCGGGCUCGCUCCUCUGCCAGGAGAAACAGCGGAGGCCUCGGCCAAGCCCGACACACCUGUCCCUGUUGUGGCUGUCCAGGAUGUUUGUGGUCAUAAAAAAGGUGCGAGAUGCUCUAUUUAUGGUGGUGAGAAGGUCUACCUCGGAGUACGUGUCAAAAUGCCAGUAAGGGACCUACUGAGAAACAUUCGCUUAGCCCAAGGCUGGGACCCUCAGGGUUCUCAGGAGGCAUGCAGCAAAAGGGUCAAAGGAGACAAGAAACGAGUCAAAACUCGCACAGGAUGCAGAACUACCACGGGAAGACGCCCAACAAAAAGCUUGGAGGAGCUGGCGAUCAUUGUCGAGGUACUGGAGGAGGAUCUCAGGUCCAGCAACAACUACCACUCCCCUUCCCAGAUGCUGUCCUCCUUUGACCCUCCUGUGUCUCCUGAGUGGUGUCCUUCUGGUGCAGGGUACAACAGUGAUGAGACCGAUGAAAUGAUCCCCAGCCCCGAGUACUACAUGACCUACUCGCCAGGUGCAGCAGAGUACCGCCAGGCCCUGUCUCCUCCUGGCUUCUUGUACACCAGCCUUCAGCAAUCCAGCACUGCAAACAUGGGAAGAGAGGUUGGAAUGGCGGAGGAGUGGUUUCCUCCUCAGAACCAUGAUUGGGACCUGAACAGCUGUGAUUUCUUCUGGACCCAGCUGCAGAAAGAGGAGAGCCAGCUGAGGUACAUCUCUGAUGCAGUACUGCUGGCCACCGAUGGACACGGCAGAACAGCUCUCCAUAAGGUGGCAUGUGUCGGGAAGAGGGCACUGGGCUACGCCAUUGCUAAAAAGAUGGCUGCACUCAACAGCCUGGACCUCAAGGACUCUGAUGGAAUGACCGCCCUCCUCUAUGCAGCCAAGCACAACCACCACCUUAUGGUGGCAGACCUGAUUCGUUUGGGGGCCAAUGUCAACGAGACCAACAACUCAGGAAAGUCCUGCCUCCACCUCAGUGCUGAGAAAGGCUAUGUCCGAGUCCUGGAGGUUCUGAAACACACAAUGAUGGAUGGUGUCUAUGUUGACGUUGAAGCUGUUGAUAACUAUGGAAUGAGUGUCCUGCAGUGUGCUUCGGUGGCUCUGCAGGCCACAGUACGUGAGGUGGAAGCCAGUAAUUCCCCCAGUCUCACCCGACUCCAGGCCCUCCAUCAAGAACAGAUGAUGGAGACCCUGGAGUGUCUGCUGCAGAUGGGUAGCUACCUCCACACCAUGGGGUAUUCAGCCUAGUAGCGACUGACGAAGAGGCAAAUCCGCCCGGCAGGGCGUUUUGAAGACCCAACAGUAAUGUUCUGAGUUGUUCAGGCUUGAA